CGCCGCCGCCGCCGCCGCCGCCNCCUUCGCCGCCGUCGCCGCCUCCACCGCCGCCGCCGCCGCCGUCGCUGUCGCUCCCGGCCUGAGGCGUCGCUUCCUGGCGAGUCGUCUCGCUCUCCUCCGCCGAGUAGCCGAUCUCUCCUUCCUCGGUCUUGAGGCGCUUGGCCUGGCUCUCGAACUCCCGGUCCUCCUCCUCGUACGUCUCCUCCUUCGGGGAGGACGAGGAGGUGGAGGAGGACAUGGCGGCGGCGGCGUGGGAGCCGGGCCUCAGAUGUCGCCGAUCCGUCCCCGCCGCCUCAGCGCGCCUCGGAGCGGCCCCGGCGUCGUCGUCGUCCCCCGCCGCCGCCGCCGCCUCCGCUGCCGCCGCCGCAGCCGCGCGCUCCAGGAGCCCGUGGCUGAGGAGGGAGCGCGGGCUGAGCGGACGCUUCCCUUUAUCUCCCAGCCGGCCUCCAGCUUCUUCUCCCUCCGCCAGCUUCGCAAGCUCUCCCAGCCCCGGGGCGAGGAGGGAGGAGGAGGAGGAGGAGGAGGGAAACGACGCGAAAGUAAGGAUGGGGGAGCCCGGGCCGUGGCUUCCGGUCUUCCCUCCUCCCUAAUCCGCUUCCCCGCCUUGACUGCCGCCGGGCGGGAUCGGAUCCCUCAGCCCAGAGCUCCCGCCCCCCCUCGCCCCGCCCCUCGCCGCUUCCCACUGGCCAGGGCAAAGGCGAUCUGGCUUCCCAUUGGCUGGAGGGGCUGUCCGUCAACAUCCCCGCCUGGAUUUCCCCCCCCCCUCCUUCGCCCGGGCUUCGAGUCCCGACCGCGCAACGCCCGCUGCGCGCGGCUCUGCAGCGGUUGCGGCUCCCGCUCCCCUCCCUCCCCAGCUCGCCGCCGCCCCCGCCGCCGCGGCGGUUGGCGCUGUUAGAGGCCCGAGCCCCAGGCGACGUGCCCGUGCCCCCCGGGGAAUCUGGGCCCGCGGCGCGACGACGUUCGGUAGCGCCGGCGCUGCGGGUGUUAACCGCCUUCCCGCUCAUUUGAAUGCUUUUCUUCUCCUUUUUAAAAAAGAGGAGGGGAAACCCUCGAGGCUCUCCCCCCCCCCACCCCGAGCGUGCACACCUACCCCUAUCCGGCCCCCAAAAGUGCGUGUGCAAAAAUGUCAUCCAGUAGUUGACAUGUUCGAGGGCAGCUGUUGGCAAUGUUAGGGAAUGCGGCGAGUCCACGGGAACGAUCCCCACGGGCCCCGCGUGGGCUGCGUGGGUUCUUUGCAAACCCGACCCUCUGCGGGCAGACACGGCCACAGUUAACAUGCUCUUCUCAGCCUCCAUCAAAACCCCCUUCCUUAGCCUUUUUCUUCCUCUUCUGGAUGAUCCAUUUCACUAUCAGUCAUUUUCCAAAAUAGGAAACGGUAGCGCAGCCCUGUUGGUUCCCAACCCACAACUCAACUUCCUCUGUGAAACCUAAGGACUGCUGUUAAGGGCUCAGUUGCUUCUUUCUGCACAAGUUCUAUUUAACACCUAUCUCAGGGUGUCUUUAGAAACGAGGUGUGCUUGUGUUCCUUUUAUCUUGGUAAUCUAGUUCCACUACAGUACACCCCACCUCACCCCGGACCAUUUCAAUGACUAAUUGAAUGACUGGCCCUUGGUAAAUAAAGGGACGGCAUUUCUUUCCUGAGAGAUGCCUAUCAUUCCCUAAGUGUCCCAUUACUUUAAACCGUGGGGAGUUGCCUCAGAUCAGUUGUCUGUGCCCUGCAGUCCUAAAUGCGCCUGCCUCUUCAUUUUCCAGCUGUGGGUUGUUCCCUGCUCUAGUCUGGUUUUUCCCCCAGUCAUUUCUUCCCCAAGAAAGAUACGUGUAUUUUCCACAUAUCGUGCUUUUAACAUAUGCUAUUUUCUCCUUUUUACUUUGCAUCGCUUAGCAUUUUAGAAUCCCAAUUCCAAGUGUUUCUGCACACCAUACAGCCAGCCGUGUGUGAGGCCACCGGCAUACAAAAGUGAAAGUUAGAGAUGUGUUUUUAAAUUUGUUUGUUUUUCGAGACAGGGUUUCUCUGUGUAGUUUUGGUGCCUGGCCUGGAUCUUGCUCUGUAGACCAGGCUGGCCUCGAACUCACAGAGAUCUGCCUGUCUCUCUGCCUCCCAAGUGCUAGGAUUAAAAGCAUGCGCCCCUGACACCGGCAGAAAUCGGUUUUUAAAUUUAAGAUGUGUCGAAGGAGUUGCGGAGCCGGGGGACAGAAAAGGAAAUGUCACAGGUGAAAAGUAGUGCAUUGAGAAAAUAAAUAGCAGUAAGAGAAACUGUCCCCCUGUUCUGUUUAAAACCUUUUACGUUUGAUUCAGAUACCCCGACCCCCAAAAUUAAAGAUGCAAAAAGUUGUCCUGUUGGAAAGUUCAGGUACAGGGUUUAAAAACCUAAAGUCUAAAAAGCCUAGAUUUGGGGCUGGAGAGAUGGCUCAGCAGUUAAGAGCACUGGCUGCUCGUACAGAGGAUCCAGGUUGGAUUCCCAGCACCCAUGGGGUGGUUCACCACCAUUCUUUACUCCAGUACCAGGGGAUCUGAUGCUCCAUUCUGGCAUCUCUGUAGGCAACACACACCCACGUGGUACACAAACAUACAUUCAGGCAAAACACACAUAAAGUAAAAUGACUAAAUCUAAAAUAUAUGUAAGUUUAAAAAGCCUGGGUUAUUUUUAGCAUUCUCUCUCCCUAUUUAAGUAUGCAUAUAUAAAUAUGAAAAUAUUUAGUAAUUUAUUUUGGAGAAUGGAUGUGAUGGUGUGAAUGAAAAUGGCCCCCAUAGGCUUAGAGGGUGUGGUAUUCUUUGAAGGAUUAGGACAUGUGGCCCUAUUGGAAGAAGUGGGAGGGGGAAGGCUUUGAAGUUUCAGGAGCUCAAGCCAGGCCCAGUGGCUCACUCUCUCUUCCUGCUGCCUGCAGAUCCAGAUGUGAGACU